CCGCGCAGCACACAUGGCUACACAGCGAUAUGCAGACACAGCUCGCUCGCUUCGGACACACACAGGAAAUGCAGGGAGGGACCGCUACAGAGAGCUCGUCACUGUGUGUGUGUGCAUGUGUGAGACACACUCUUAUCCUGUGUGUGGCUACAGGAAAGCGGCGUUUGGCACCCUGAGAGCGCCUGUCACAAUAUCGCGUGUCACAUAAUGCCACACACCCCGACAGGAUCGGAGGAGCAGGAUGGAGAGGAGCAGGUUAAUAUGCGUGCUCCCUGUAGAGAGAAGAGUGAAAUAGAAGAGAGGGGAAGACAAGAUGUGUUGAGAUUUAUUGAAGGGGAGAAAGUGGAGGUUCCUGGAGUGUGGGGAGAGAAAGGGAUGCAGGAAGUGGCAGAAAGAGGAAGAGAGAAAAUGGGGGAUCAGAAUGAAGAGAUACCGGAGGAACAACAGCUGGAAAGGGGAGAGACUCAGGGAUUGGAGGAGGAGAGAGAGCGUUUGCGCAGGGAGAUCUGCAGGGAGCUGAAGAUCAAGGAAGGAGCAGAGAGGCUUCUCCGAGCAACCACUGAGCGCAAGAACCUGGGGCACGUGGAGACCAUGCUCAGAACGUGCGAGAGAAGACUUGAGAACCUGAAACAAGAAUUGGAAGAUCUUGAUGCUUCUCCAACUUCGCCUGAUCCCAAAGGAGCCGACACGUUGUCCUCGGGUCUCCUGAGCCAAGCACAGCAUUCCAGAGUGUCAGGAUUACAACGCCAGCUGAACAUUGAGAUGAGAGUACGUCAGGGAGCAGAGAACAUGCUUCAGAUGUACAGCCAAGGCGGAGUGAAGGACAAAAAGUUGGUCUCAGCAGCUCAGCAGAUGAUAUCAGAUAGUGACACAAAAAUCCGUAACCUCCGAACACAGAUCCGCAGAGCCACACAAGAGACUUCAGGAACAGGGGCAGUGGCCCUGGAAUUAUCACACACUGAAUUACGCAUUGAGGAGCUGAGGCACCACUUUCGGGUGGAACGCGCAGUAUCUGAAGGAGCUGAAAAUGCAGUGAGGCUCAUUGGAACCUCUAAGACCCAGGACAAGAGCGCAGUCAACGAGGUUCAGGCUAGUCUGGUGGAGUCUCGGCAGAGGCUGGAUCUCUUGACACUCUCUCUUCAAAGAUGCCUGGAGGAUUUACCGCACGAUCACCCUAAAAGGUGCCUCUUAAGAGAGGAAUUGGCUCUAUGUGACUCUUCCACAAGACUUGGCGUUCUCUCUCCACCAUCACCGUACAGCACUGUCUCCAAACCUGCUCCACUUACAGGUGUCCUAGAGGUUCGACUUCUGGGAUGUUCUAAUAUCUUGGAUUCUGUCCCUGGUCGCACAUCAAGCUCUCCUGUCUGGUUACCGGGCUCCAGCCCAUUGGAGGGAAGGGGUAUUCGAGCGCGAACUUCCCGGAGCAUGUACUCACGUACUGGCAGCCUGAGCCGCGGUGACGAACUGUCAAAUGAGGUGAGUGUCGUCCUGCGGUUGGAUAACGCCGUUGUAGGACAGGCUGCCUGGAGGACGGAAGGACGAGACGCAUGGGACCAUGUAUUUAAACUGGAUCUGCAGCGGGCUCGAGAACUGCAGGUCUCUGUAUAUCGAAAAGAUUUCCGCUCGCUCUGCGCUAUUAAAUAUGUGAAGCUGGAAGAUUUCCUGGAUGAUCAAAAGCAUGAAAUUAGCCUGGAAUUAGAACCACAAGGAACACUGUACUGCGAGGUGGCGUUCUAUAACCCGGUGAUAGAGAGGUUUUCCAAACUCCGUAGACAAAAGAAAAUAUUCUCAAAGGAACAAGGCAGAGCCUUCCUACGGGCCAGACAGAUGAACAUAGACCCAUCCACUUGGCUCCGACUCCUGCGCAGGACGUUUCCUGCAAAUAGUGGAACAUACAGUCCUAUGGACAGUGGCACAGAGCUGCAAUUGAAAUCGCUUACUUUGGAGGCCACCCAGGACACGAAAGAAAAGCAGGUCGAGGCCACUGCGGUCAGACAAUCUCCAGAAAUCAGGAAGGACAGAGAGAGCCAGAGGAGAGUUCAAAAUGUCUCGCAGUUGUCUUUAGGGGACUUCAGGCUGCUGGCUGUGUUGGGUAGAGGUCAUUUUGGAAAGGUUCUGCUUUCCGAGUAUAAAGAAACUGAGGAAUUAUUUGCAAUUAAAGCCCUAAAGAAAGGUGACAUCAUAGCCAGAGAUGAGGUUGAGAGCCUCCUUUGUGAGAAGCGGGUGUUCGUGGCGGUAAGCGGGGCUUUCCACCCAUUCCUCCUCAGCCUCCUUGGCUGUUUCCAGACUCCAGAGCACGUCUGCUUCGUCAUGGAGUAUAUGGCGGGAGGAGAUCUCAUGACUCACAUACACACCGAGGUGUUCAGCCAGGCACGUGCAACGUUCUAUGCUGCCUGUGUAUUGCUGGGUUUGCAAUUCCUUCACAGUAAAGACAUCGUGUACAGGGAUCUGAAAUUGGAUAAUUUAUUACUGGACUCAGAAGGCUAUGUAAAGCUUGCGGAUUACGGACUUUGCAAAGAGGGUAUGGGGCCGUAUGAUCGAACGUCCACAUUUUGUGGCACCCCAGAGUUUUUGGCUCCUGAAGUACUAACAGACGCCUCGUACACUCGGGCUGUCGACUGGUGGGGAUUUGGAGUCCUGAUCUAUGAGAUGAUGGUUGGAGAGUCUCCGUUCCCGGGUGAUGAAGAAGAGGAAGUAUUUGACAGCAUUGUUAAUGACGAAGUUCGUUACCCUCGAUUCCUCUCUGCUGAAGCCAUUGCGAUAAUGAGAAGGCUCCUGCGCAGGAAUCCAGAGAGACGUCUGGGAUCGGGGGAACGAGACGCUGAAGAUGUGAAAAAGCAACCCUUUUUCAAGGAACUUGAUUUUGAAGCCUUACUUUCCCGACGCCUGCCUCCCCCUUUCAAGCCCAUGGUGAAGGGGCCACAUGAUAUUAGUAACUUUGACCCUGAGUUCACAUCAGAGGGCCCAGAGUUGACUCCGCCAAGGGAACCUCGGCCUUUGGGUAGCCAAGAGCAGAGCUUGUUCCAAGGGUUUGACUACGUGAGAGAAGGAGCCUGAGGGACAAGUUCACUUGUGGGCAGAGAUUAGUCUAGUUGCCUCUCUCCUUUUUUUCUGCCUCACUAACUCUGAAUCUCCUUUAUUCCAUUUCUUAACACUUUCAUUUCUACGUUCAUUCUCUCUUGAAGCUCGACCAGAGAGAUGCCACUGAUAAGACCAUUCUAUGGAGAAGGCACAUAACAUAUACAUAAGUCUCUAAUAUGAGAGGCAUUUUGGCCACCGUUGUCUUUCCCUUCAUUAUCUGCUCAUUUGCUGCCUCUGGUUCUACCUCAGAACACAAUAUGUAAAUAAAACUCUUUAUAUAAAA